UACGUCCAUCUUUCUUCCAUUGAUGUGCAAAAACAUGCUUUUAUUUUGAAAACAACAUCCAACUUCCGGAGUUUUAAUGGAUAACUGUUGCGCUUGACUCACGACAGAGAAAGCUACUCUGAAGCGGAUACACAAAGGGAGAGAAAGGACCUGCAGCGAUGGGAAUCAAACUGUACUACACCACCGUUACUGCCUCACGGACGGUGAAGUCUCAGCAGGCAGAGGUGAUGCGGAUCCUGGAGAGUAAAAGCAUUCAGUACGAGCUCAUCGACAUCUCUGUGGGGGGAGAGCUCCGCGACGAGAUGAGAAGCAAAGCAGGAAACCCCUCCGCUGUCCCCCCCCAGCUCUUCAACGAAGACCAGUACUGUGGGGACUAUGAAAUGUUUUCGGACGCGGUGGAAGACGAUACAAUGGACCAGUUUCUGAAGAUGGCGUGAGGAAGGCGCCAUUUCAUUCUCCAUCUUAACCCCCUCUCCCCAAACACCCUUUAUCCAGUCUCUCUCUCUCUCUCUGUCUCUCUGCACCACUGGCGGUAUCCUCUCACUAUCAAUGCCAUAAAGAAGAAUGCCAAAUAUCCUAACCAAUCAGAAGACACACAUUCCCCGUGCUGCACCAUUAGACUCUGUCUUAAUCUGCUCCUUUUCUCGUGAUUUAUUUCAGAUAUUUUCCCUGUCUGACAGACUAUAGUGUUCAAAUCAAUGGGGUGUGUAAACAUGCGGUAAUUAAGGCGACUAAUCUCGGCCGCAGCCACAUGAUCGCUGGAGAUUAGAGUAAUCCGCAGGAUGACAACGUUCAACCCAGAAUCUCCGCAGAACAAACUCACUUUUAUCACUCAGUCUUAACUACUUUGUCGUCCUUUUUCCGUAGCCUUCACGUUCCCAUGUCUGUACGCUAUUUGUACUUCACAUGGUUGCAAAAAACACACAGAAGUAGCAAGGACCGUGAUGUCCUCAAAUCUGAAUAAUGAUGAGGGUGAUAGCAGCUAAAAAAAGGCCUCUUAGGCUGUGAAGCUUUUUGUAAUUUUGGUCCAUUGGUCACCUUAUGUCAUAUAUAACAAGACGUCUGUUCAGUAGCCGGCGCCUGGCUUCACUUGGAUACUUGGACAAAUAUUAAAAAUACUUAUUACUUGUUUAAUGACGCCCCCAACAAGCACUUAUCUCAGACACAUUAAUGGUAUCCUGUUAAUUUGUGAUACAAGUUACAUUCAGACGCAUGUUUCCUUAAUGUUUAGAAAAUAAAGAACGAAUAUUUAUGCAUUGUUUACUUCCAUCUUGGCUAGCAUGACGUUGCUCUUUUUAAAAGGAUCCCUUUUGGAAAUGUCUCACAAAGAUAAAGACCUAAUAGCAUGUGACACUUACACAUGGUGGGAGUUUAAAAAGCUGAUUAAAGUGGUGUAUGUAUUUACAAAUAGACAAAUGAGGUAUUCCACCUGAGGUGAUAUAGUAAGAUUUACAGGAAACGUAAUUGAACUGGAAAAAUUAUAGCUAGAUUAAAAAGUCAAAUCUGUUUUCAUGGAUAAAAAAUAACCAACUUUCAUCAAAUCGGACCUAAGGUUUUCCUGCUGAAACCCCAAAUACAUAACUACCUUGCUAGUGGUUAUACAUAACAUAUGAAAAAUCCAAAUAAUAACAGUUGUACUUCCCACCUUUUGGUUUUCAAAUCAGAUCUGGAAACCAAACACUCUUUAGACAUAUCAGAAUUGUCACCAAUGGGCCAAAGUUAUUAAAACGUUAGUAAUUUGUAAGUAAAAGGUCCUACAGCAUUUCAGUAUUUAGCUGCUUUGUUUAAAUAAGGCAGAUGAACGCGUCGUAAUUUCACAUUUGGUGCCAAUACAUAUCUGUAAUGCGCUUUGAAGGUGGAUUUCCUCUGUAGUAUUAGCACUUACCUGGCAUUUCCCCUCUCUUUUCCAUGAUCUGUGUAACAUGGAAGCGUUGUUACCGGCACCAACGUUUUGACUGAAAAGAAAGCUUUGAAACACGUAGCUUUACAUUCCUGUGUUUAUUUUUACGUUACAGUUUGGAUGAGGCGUGAAGAUGCAGAAAUGUGACUAUGCACCAAAACCCUGCCUCACUCUGAACACACACACACACACACACACACACACACACACACACACACACACACACACACACACACACACACACACACAUACAGGUCAAAGUGUUUAAAUACAGUCUUACUAACCUUUGGGAACAAUUACCACAUGGGAAAAAUGAAGGCUUCUCGUAUUUGCUCUGUGCAUUCACUCAGUAAUGUUUUAUUUUCAUGUUUUGGGUUGCUUGUGUUUUACAAAAAUUGAAAACAAGAUGGUUUCCCCUCUCUUUCGCUUCUUAUCUGUCAACCCCCGCGUCCCAUGCUUUCAGAAUUGUGUUUCUACAGUUUGGGAUCCCUUGUAACGACGGCCUUCACACACACUGUUUGUGCACUGUUUUGUAAGUCGGUUGGUUUGCCUGUUAUUGAUGUUUGUUCACUAUUAAUCAUGUUUAAGACAUUCCAUGUGUCUCUCUCUGAGCUCCUGCUUUUUGCUUUUUGGACCAACUCCCCUUGGCCAAAAGAAAAUCGGGAAUACAAAUGUUGUUGUCUUCCGAGAAGAUUGUGAAAGUGAUUUAUGGGUGGAAAAAAAUAAUAAAAAGGAGUUGAAUCUA